AUUCCAUUUUUUAGAGAGAUGUACAUGGAAGACAGAGUUAGGGUAUUACAUAUACAAGUUGUACAUGUACACGUAUGGCAACCCUGUUUAAUUCUACACACAUACAUGUAGGGUGUGAAACUUUGUGAAGUCACCCUUUCUUUCUACUACUAGUAUUUUUGUAUAUGCAGAGGGUGGAAAGGUCGGACUUUGAAGUUUGAUCAUGCAACAAAAUGUACAUGUACCUGUACAAUUGUGCAAUGGCCAUGAAUUUUCCAAAUUCUUUUCAACUCUUCCCUCCCAAAUAAAGGGAGCUUUCAUAACGAUUGACAAAGCUAAGUCUCUGUGUCUAAUGUCUGGCUGCGUAGGAUACAAGGACAGAUAUUAAGCAGUUGCAAUGUGCAAAAAUAGAAAUUUUUCUGUUUACAGAUGUAAAGAGAGGCAACAGAAAGUGCUCUUUACCUACUUGAGUGAAUUAUAGUUACCAUGGGAACGGCCAGUAGCAAGCACCGACACAAGAAGACCCGACCGAGCAGUGCACCAGGCCACCUCGGUGAGAAAGACAAAGAACCAACCGAAAAAUAUCGGCCACACUCACAUUCAGAAUCCCAGACAGAGGAGAUACAUGUAGGACACGGGGGUCAGGAGUCUACGCAGCGUCUGGAUACCAGUGAAGUUGCCAUGAAGCAUCAAAGCACUGACACUGGUAUCGAGAACCAGGGAACUGAGAAGGCAGAUCCCGUGAAAGAGAAUUGUACAUCCCUGGAGGAGGCUGUUGAUAAGGGCUCAGGGACGGGGAGCAGACGACCUAGUCGAACGAUCAGCAUGGAGCCUACAGACAUCAUGAUCAGCUAUAGUCAUCAAGAUAAAGACCAGAUGAGACAAAUUAGAGAUGCUUUGGAGAAAGCUGGUAUCACUGUUUGGGUUGAUGAGGUUGGCCUUAAAGCCGGAGUGGAAUUCUUCAACAAAAUCGGACAAGCCAUCGUUGAUGCCAAGCUGUUUCUGUCCUUGCUGAGCACCAAGUCGGUCGUGUCCAGAUACUGCCGAGAUGAAUUGGCCUUAGCUUACAUCUCCAGCAAACCAAUCUUCCCAUGUGCCUUAGAAGGUAGAGAUGACAUGAUUCCUCUCAUGGACUUUGGCAUGCGCCUGCAGCUUGCUCCAGUCGACUGGACCAUGUUCACUGACACCUCAGCCUUCAACCAAUCCAUGAUGGAACUGGUCAAGAAAAUUCAGAGCAAGUUGAUUGAGCUGAAAGCAGAGAAGGAAGUUGAUAACAAAAGACCUACAUUUCAACGACAACGUUCUCAUCUUAAUCUUCACUCCACCCCUGCCUUUGCAUCUAAAAAGGAAACAGAUUUCUGGGAGAAGCACUUCAAGGGGCAAGCAACUGUAGAAUGGGAAAGAUUUGAAGAAGCUUUUAUGGAGGAGUAUGGCAGUCAGUUAGAUGAGAUGUUCCAGAACGUUGACCAACAGUGGCUGUUGUCGAUUCUCAACACUGAGAUGGAUGAGGACUCAGAUGGUCUCGUAACCAGACAACACUACAAUGAUUUUUGUACAGUGAAUGGUGAGAGAUCAGAGUUUUGGAAGAGGGUCCAAGAGCAUGCUUUGGAGAGCUACACCAUGAGAGAAGUCUUCAGUAUGAACUCUACAGUCCGUAUUGAUGCUAUUCAUAAUCUCAGCAAGUUCCAUAGCAGCUCUGUUUUGGAGGCACUUCUAGAUCUCUGUAGUGACAAGGAUGAAAACGUGCGGGCUGUUGCUGCUCUGUCAUUGGCUCGUGUGGCUGAUCCCCACAACAAACAUGCUGUGGGUCGGAUGAUGAACCUCCUGAAGGAUAAAGAUCGUCUUGUCAGGGAGAGUGGAUGUCUUGCUUUGGGUCACAUCAAGGCAGAAGAAGCAGCACCUCAGCUGGUCAAUCUCUGGCGUAAUGAUGCCAUCUCCAAUGUCAGGGAGGCAGCUCAAAUUGCUCUAGAGAACAUCGGUGGAGAGGAAGCCAAGAAAGCAAUGCACAUCACCAAAGUACUCAGUGAUGAAAUCAAGAAGCUGUCAGAAGCCCACUAGGAAUAGCAUCUUGGGAUGCCAAUGUUUUUGGUUGUAUAAUGAUUCCCAGCGAAAGUAAGAUCAGAGGCUUUGGCAUGAACACUGCCACAGAUUUGUUAAACUCCUAAGUCCUUUUUUAAUCUUAGAAAAGUCAAAAGCUAUAAUGGUGUCUUCAAACUGUACAUAAUUGAGAGUAGCUAUCGAAUUGACAGUUUUUAUAUAAAUAUUUUGAAUAUUUCUAGGAAAAUAAAAGCACUGUAUGCCUUAAGUAUUGUAAGGCUUAUGCAUUGAAAUGCCAUCAAUUAAUCGUGUUUUGUGCCUGAAAUGAUGCCAUUCGAAAUUUACAGAAAUAUUGUUUUGGGGAAGAAUUAUUCAAGAUACAAGUAUUACCUUGUUUAUAACCCACUGUAGGUUUCAAAUCCACUCUAUAGAAGUUGUUAGGAAAUGUUAAUUCUUAAAGAGCAACUCUAAGGAAAACAUGUUUUCUCUGUUUUUAUUUGUUCAAAUAAAUAUGGAAGCAUCCAAAUCGAAC